AUGUAUUUUGAACAUAAGGCGCUGUAUCGUUCUGUUAGUGGUCCUGUGCCUGCUGAUUAUUAUGAGAUAGAAAUCGGGAAAGCCCGUCAUGUAAGAGCGGGUGAUGAAGUGUCAAUCAUAACCUAUGGCAGUGGCGUGCAUUGGGCAGAAGAAUAUGCGGCCAGCCACCCGGAAAUCUCCAUCGAUAUUCUUGACCUGCGUACUUUACUUCCCCUUGAUUACCUCGCUAUACGCGCUUCAGUACAACGGACAGGACGUGUAUUGAUCCUGCAUGAGGAUACAUUAACGGGAGGAAUUGGUGGCGAAAUCGCAGCCUGGAUAGCCGAGCACUGUUUCUCAUUACUCGACGCGCCGGUGAUGCGUGAGAAGCAACCUGGUAAAUCCGCAGAAGCUAUUACUGUUUCCUUUGAUUCGUCUUAUCAACCCGCGGUCUUUACCGAUGCCUCACGACUGGAAAAGAUCAAAGCGGUUUUACCGGUGAUAGAUAGUUUGUAUACGUCGUUUGCAAGAGCGAAUCAUUUUCCAGGAAUGGCAUUCGGCAUUGUAGUAGAUGGCCAACUCGUACAUGCGGGCAAUUUCGGGUAUACAGAUAUCGAUAAAAGAAUACCGGUUACUUCUUCCUCAUUAUUCCGGAUCGCUUCGAUGACCAAAAGCUUUACCGCCAUGGCCAUUCUUAAGCUGAGAGAUGAGGGCCGCCUUGAUCUUGAUGAUCCGGCAUCGCUUUAUAUUCCUGCACUAAAGAAUUUGCGUUACCCUACCGCUGAUGCAUCUCCCAUUACAUUUAUCAUCUGUCUUUUCAAUUUCUUUUAUUCCAUGAUUGAUAAACGAGAUAAGGUACCGGUCGGGCUAAAUACUGAAGCUACAUAUACAACGCCCGGUGUUACGGUUAACGGCGUACCGAAAGCCAUUUCCUGCCAGCCAUUGGCGGUUUCACCUGUGAAAGUAACG